AGCGAAAAACAUGGCGGAAGAUUUGACUACGUCUGACUGCAAAUUAAUUGCAGAAGUGCAACAACAUCCGAUUUUAUGGGAUAAUAGAAAAAAAGAAUAUCGAAUGAAAAGAGGACAAGACGUUGCUUGGCUACUGGUUGCCGAAAGACUGAACCGAGAUGUUGAAGAGGUUACUUACCGGUGGCAGAAUCUGCGUAAGCAAUAUAGCCGAAGAAAAACAAAAUGCAAAAGUGGAGCUAGUGCAGAGUCUGCAGAGCAGCAAUGGCAUCUGAUGCCCCAAAUGUCAUUUUUGGAUCCAUGUAUCCGCCAUCGAAGGACACAGACAAACUUUCAAGGAAACAAAGAAUUCGAGGAGCUUAAUUUCACAGUAGAAUCUGUUGUCUCCGAGUCUUCAGAUAAUAUUGAAUAUCCGACAGAACCUGAAUAUGUGGAGCCAUCUGCUUAUUCACGUUAUGCCCUCAUGUGA